AUGAGCUUUUCCCCCACAAAUAUGCUGAAUGAGGUGGGCAUAAAUAGAAAUAUAGCCAACGGUAAUAAUGCAAAUAAAGGGGCAAAUAAUACCAUAGAGGGGGUAAAUACAUAUGUAUAUAAAGAAAAUUAUGCUAAUAAUAUUAACGUGAAAGGAGAAGAGGCAAUACAUUACAGUAAAGAUGGGGAAUACAACCAAAGCAUCGAGUAUGGUAAAAAACGACAAGAAAGGGAGAUAUACAGAAUGGACAAGGAGAAGCACAGAUUGUCGAAUGAUGGAAAUAACAAUAUGCACGAUCAGAACAAAAAGAAAGAGGAAAAUUUUAAAAGCAUUACGCACUUUGCCAAGUACCUAUUCUUUAUAGCUAAAAAGGUAGCAUACAUAGAUGGAGCUGCACUUGGUGGUGGUGCUCCAGGUGAUGGCGGUGGUACCUCUGGCAUUUCCUGCUCCACUUCGGGUACCACUCCAAACGAAGAACUGCACAAAUUGCUUGUAAAACAUUUAAUAUACAAACUUAAUAAAAUACUUUCGUCUCUCAUCAAUUUUAACGUAUUACAGUAUAAUGAAAAUGAAAAUAUAAAGCAAGAAAUUGAAUAUGCAUGUUUAAAAAAGAGCAAUAUCACACUGAAUAAAAUAAGACUUAUGUUAAAGAAGCUCGAGGAGAGCAAUAUCAAUUACAAGUACAUAUUGCAUAUACUCCUCAAGUUGAAGCAAUAUGAUGAUGAAAACAGGAAUACCAUUAUGACUAUCAGCAGAAAUGUUAAAGUGGAUGCACCUCAUCUGCAUAAUCCACAACAACCACACUAUCCACAGCAGCUGCAUAAUCCAGUACAGCCGCUUAACCCGUUGAGUGAUGGUAUAAACACAGAUGAGCAAAAUAAAAACAAAAGAAGCGAACAUGAUAACGUAAACUACAUUAGCAAUAAUAUACAUGUGCAAGAUGAAACGUCAGUUAACCCCAAAAGGGAUGUAGGGCAUGGAAACUUAACCACAAAUCAAAACAGUAAUAUGUCCAACCAUGAGGGGUAUAAAAAAUUAACUAUAAUUAACAAGACUGAGGAGGGGAAUAAACUAGAACUACCCAAUGAUAGAACGCAAAGGAGCGGCAUUAGCAAUAAUGGAGGUGUUGGAAGCACCAACAAAAUGCUAACCGUUAGGGGUAGGGAUAAAGACAGAAAAACAGAGAGACUAACAGAGAGACUAACAGAGAGACAAAGUGGAAGGGGAAGAAAUGAUAACUCCAUUCUACACAGAAACAAUUUAAUAAACAAAAGUUUAUAUGCAACGAUAAUUCUGAACAACAAAUUCCACUACUUGGAUAUAGAAGAGAGUUUCCUAUUAAAAGAUCUUAUAUACCCUCUUCAAGGAUUAAAUGGAGAAUACAUUAAAUAUAAUAAAACUGAAAAUUCUUUUUUUGUACACAAUAGAAAGAUUAGCAUAGGUAUGCAUCAUAUUAUAAAUAACAUUAGCUAUGUAGGCAUUCUAUUUAAGAAGUUAAAGAUGUAUGUAAACCAUUCUGGGAGUAACGAUAGUGGCAAGGCGAGUAGCUUAUGCUAUGAAGAUGAUCAUGCUGCUUAUAGUAGUGAUGAUAACAUUAAUCUGGACGAUGUGUAUUGUAAUAACAACGACAUGAUUAAUAUGCACAAUGGAAAGAAUUACAUGGAUAACAUUUAUAAUAGUGGGCAUAGCGGGGAUAAGGCAAGUUACGGGGUGUCCAACACGUACAAUAACCAUCCGGAUGAUAGUAGAUCCCAUUACCCCAUCAGUGGUGGUAAGAAGCACAUGGAGGGGAUGAACAUAAACAGCGGUAGCAGUAACUGCAACAAAUGCGAGAAAUGCGGCAAAUACGACAACUGCGACAACGGUAAGUGCAACUGCAUCGCUCGCCCGCGGAGGAAAGGGAGCCUAGUAGUUGAUGCGUUGCAUCAAAUUAUAAGGGAAUACAUGAAUGAAUACUAUAAAUUAUUAUCAUACAUAGAGAGUGAUCUUAACGAACACAUACAUAAAAAUACAGUGUAUAUUGGAAUAAACAAGCUGUAUUUGUUAUUACAGGAGUCAUACAAAAUUCUGAGAGUUUUAGUAAACGUAGUAGAUGAAUCGUUAAGAAAUACUGGAUGUAGAUUUCUCUCUUUUUUAUAUUCAAAAUCACAGGCGUAUGAUUAUGAAGAACAAAAAAUUUAUAAAAAAAUUUUACAGAAAUGUAUAAAACCAAUAAAUGAAAUUUUAAAACAGUGGACUGAAUAUGGUAUACUAAAAGAUAAAUAUAAUGAAACCUUUAUAUCAACAAAUAAGACAGUUACAUCUGAACAGAUAUGGACAUAUAAAUUUUUCUUAAAUUUUAACAAUGUUCCACUUUUUCUAAGUGUCAAUACUGCUAAGAAGAUACUACUCACUGGAAAGAGUGUAUACCUGCUUAACCUAUUUGGGAAUAACAACAAUGUAGUAGGUGCAUCAAACAUGAGUAGUGGUUUAUACUCCUCAAGCAAUGACGACGCUUUUAAGUUUCACACUGCAUUAGCGGCGAACGCUAUAUGUAAUGUAUUUCCUCUAGCAAAGGAGAAAAAUAUUGUUUUGCUAAAAUGCCCCAGUGGUGGUGCUGGAGGUGCUGAUCUUAGGGGCGGUAGUACAUACACUACAAUGGGAAAUAUUUGUAAUAAGGUCAAGUAUACGAACAAACAUGAUAUAUCACGGAAGAGAAGCAAUAGGGGCCUCAAAGGAAGUGUGCACUACAGUAUUAAAUCGCCAUAUAGUAGCAGUGAAGAUGAUGAAAACCCGGAGGAUGAACCUUUACUAGAUGAUGUAUUUUGCAUAAAUGACGUAAACAUAUACAUUGACAGUAUCGAUUAUUACAUUAAGAAAAUUUCGGAAAGGAAAAAUAAAAAACUAAUAACCUUGUUAAUAAAAAAGUACGAACUGUAUGAACACUUAAGAGCAUUUCGCUAUUUUCUUUUAUUAGUAGAUGGAGAUUUAUUCGAAACCAUAUUUGAUAAUAUGAAAACAGAUUUAUAUAUGAAUGCAGAAGAAUUGAAAAGACAUUACCUUAACAGUAAACUAGAUCUAUGUAUAAAAUCUUCUUCUCUAUUUACCUCCAAUCAGAAUAUAAUAAAGAAGUUAACACUUGAAAAAUUUAAUAUUAGAAGAGGAGAUAUAGGAUGGGACGUAUUAGUAUUUGACUUUUUAGUUGAAAAACCACUUGAUAUAAUAUUUACAAAAAAAAUCAAAUCUAUAUAUAAAAGUAUAAAUGUAUUAUUAAUAAAAAUUAAAAAAAUUUUUUGUGAAUUGUCUAAUAUAUGGUACCUUUUUACUCAUCUUUUUAAAAUUAUUAAUAUAGUUUAUUAUAACUCUGUAUUUAUUUAUUGCAAUAUAAUUAGAAAUGAAAUGUUCCAUUUUGUACAUAAUAUUUUAUCAUAUUUUUAUUAUGACAUUAUUGAUAUGAACUGGAGUGAUUUUAAAAAAAGACUCUUUUCUUGUAAUGAUCUAGAUCAACUUAUACAAGAACAUUACAAUUAUAUAACGCAAAUACAGUUCGAUUUAUUCCUAGGAAGUUACAACGAUUUAGUUGUAAACUCUUGUCCGUUUAACGAGUCAGAUGAUGAAUCAAGGCACGCCUAUUUCAACAGCUCACUAGACGCAGACGGGAGCCUGAGUGAUUUAUAUGCAUCUCCACGCGAGCAUAACGGUAGAUAUAAUGGAGUUGGAAGUGACAGUGGUAGUGGAAGUGGAAAAGACAAUCAUAAUGACAAUGAUAGUGAAAUCAACAACCUCAAUGAUGGUAAUAACAUUAGAGUGAGCGCAGUAACUACUCGGGAACGAAAUCGCGGCUUCUCAAAAGAAAACAGGAAAAAUGAACCAAACGAAACACAUAUUUGCCUGAACAAAAUUCUAGAUAUCAUAACUAGGUUUAUAAACUUAACCAGUGCUUUAAUCUCCUCCGUGUGUGAAAAUUAUACAGAGAUUAAAAAGUUAACAGAAGAACGAAAAGAAAACAAAACUAAUUUUGAUAAUGAUGUUGAUUAUAUAAACAAUUAUAUUAAUUAUAAUAUUAUAGGAGAAAAAACUAUAAAAGAUAUUAAAAUGUUACUCAAGUAUUACAGAAAUUAUAUAUAUAAAUUUAUAUGUCUUCUAUUAAGUGAAAACAAAUACAUUCAUGCUUAUUCAAAAAAUACGAAAAGGGAUAAACUCCACUCCCUUCGAUUACUAGCGGCAAGACUAGACUUUAACCUCUACUACGUCAACAUAUCAAAAGUUGUCGAGACGAAAAACACAAAGCUCAACAUAUCAAAGCAGAUCAAGAUGAUGAACAAGUGA